CACGUCCACAAUUCUUCAAAGACAGGACCUGACCCGAGUCACAGACCCGAAGAAUUGGGAGUUGCAACCAUUGCCAUGUCAACUAUGACAUUAGUAGUGAUCUUCCCUAAACCCUAUCUUGCUUCACGGGGAAACCUCACAUACUUGUGCUGUCGGUUUGUCGGCCGUGAUUCUUUGUUGAGUUGCCCCACUACAUCUUGGACAGACACAACCGUGACGGCAGAGUUCAUCCUCUUAGCUUGUUCAAUGAGACAAGAGUACAGAUGAGCUUCGGAUAACAUAGUCGAACACUUUGCAUUCGAACACGCUCACUCUGGAAGUUGCCCAUGUCGAUCGACCUCAACUGGGAGACAGUCACAGGUGGCCCUGACGGGCAGGAGCUGGCCGAGCGGAUUCGUGAUUUCAUUCACACCAAGUUCCAGUCGGUGCCUCUGCCCCGGUUCAUCAAGUCCGUUACAGUCCAUGAUUUCCAGUUUGGCAAAAUCCCUCCGGAAAUCGAGCUCAAGGACAUCACCGACCCACUGCCGGACUUUUACGAGGACAAUGUGGACUCGGAUCUCGCAUCUGACUCGGAGGGCGAGGACAACGGCGCGGAUAACAACGGACAGGUUGAGGAUGAGCGGCGCCGGCGACCGGUCGAGUCUGAUAUUUUGGCGAGCCGAGCUCCAAACCCAGGGCAUUCUCCGCCGCACCUGAUGUUCGGCAGUCCUGGUGGCACUGGAGUCGGGAGCUUGCGCAACGCGGAUACCGGCAGCCCGUUCUUCCGCGUCCCAACACCAGGCAUCCCCGGCGGGACAUCCAACUUACACUACUUCCACCCACAUUUAGCAAGCGGUCUCUCUGGAACGCAAACGCCGCUCGCCGCAGUCGCCGGCGCUCAGCACCGUAAUACUGCCAACUGGCUAGAGGGCCACGGACACAGUUCGUCAGUGCCGAAUCUACACCACUUCUCCAACUACGGCGGCAUCGACGGGAGCGCCCGGCAGUGCCCUGAACCAAACCAUAGCCGCAACCCAUCCCAGAGCUCCAUCUCCAUCGCCGACUUCGAUCCCACCGUGAACCUUGUCCCGCCAUCAUCCACCACCCUCGGCAUCCACUCUCUCAAAGAGAAACACAGCGUCUCGACCCUAGCCCCAACCUCAGCCAACGCCUCCCGCCCACCAACCCGUGACGCAGCAGCAACCCUAAUGGGCUCCGCCAUCGCCGACGACGACACCGACCAAGACUCCAACCACCACGCCACGGCCAGCAACAACACCGGCAGACGCGCGCAGCAAGAACAGCAGCAACAGCAAGAAGAAAGCGACCAGCCCCGCCUCCGGGAGCGCCGCCUCGAGGAUAUGCAGGCCGUUUUCCGGAUUUCCUACGCCGGCGACGUCAAGCUGCUCUUGACGGCCGACAUCCUGCUCGACUAUCCCAUGCCAAGCUUCGUCGGCAUCCCCGUGCGGCUGAGCAUCACCGGGUUAACGUUUGACGGUGUGGGCGUGCUGGCCAAGAUCAGGAAGAGGGUCCAUUUCUGUUUCCUGAGCCCCGAGGACGCGGUCGCUGCUGUUGGGGACGACAGCAUGGCCUCGUCUGAGUCUGAGGGGCAACACGGGCAGGCGCAGCAGCCGGGUCAGCCCCCGGGUGUGGCGGCGAGCACGAAGUUGGGGGGUUUGCUGCAGGAGAUUAGGGUGGAGAGCGAGAUUGGACAGCGGGAGAGCGGGAAGCAGAGCCUGAAGAAUGUGGGCAAGGUGGAGAGAUUUGUGUUGGAGCAGGUGAGGAGGAUAUUUGAGGAGGAGUUUGUAUACCCAAGCUUUUGGACGUUUUUGGUGUAGAACACUGGUGCGUGGAAUGGAAGGCGCCGGCACUCAAGGGGCCUGUGGGACGAGCGUCUCUAAGAGAGCGUGUUCUUAAACCCUUGGUACGCCGAGUUGAUAUCCAGCUCUAACUCUCGGGCUUGCUCCUCGCUCAACUCCUCCGUCGCCUUCAUCUGGUUCAACGUGAUGAGCCACUGCACGAUCUUUCCCCGGUUCUCGAAGUCCCUGUCUGUGACUUUGUUCACUGACUGGAUCACGUCGGUCAGGAGCGGGUGUAGUUGGUCUUUGGCCAGCAGGCCCAAUCGCAGCGCAUCCAGAAACGUGAUGAAAUCUUGGGUCGCCUCCAGAAUCAGCGCCCCGCUGGUGUUACCCACCGCAGGUUGUGCAUGAAGAGCGCUGGAGCUUGCUGUCACGGCAGUGGACGGCAUCCCAACUCGAAUUCGCUCUGUCGCGCGGGGCAC